ACGCCGAACUCUGAGCCCGCCGCCAUGGCCCCCGCGCGCAGGAAGAACGCGAGAGGAGGCGCGCGAGGAAGGAAGCUCGCAGCCUUCCUGGAGGACUUCGACCGCGAGGUGCAGAGCCGGAUCGAGCGGCUGCGGACGAAUGGGCAGCGCCUGGCGCAGGAGGUGGGAGAUCUCUACGGCAUCGAGAUCCUGCGGCUGCCGCUGGCAUUGCGCGGCAUGAGGUGGCACGAGUACUUUGCUAAAGGAGGAAGCAAAGAGGUCUUGGAGGAGGCUGCCACGGCAGACUUGGAAAUAAUGGAAAUAAAUAAAAUAACAGCUGAAGUUAUUCAGACGCCUUUAAAAAUCAUCAAGAAAGCUGAAAAAUCUAAACAGGAUAUUGAAGCUAUUGAAGAAGAAGCAGAGUCUCCUUUGCUUCCUCAAGCAAAGAAAACAAAACACGAUAACCAAUCUCUUGCAGAACUAGAAACUGAAAAUGUUAAUCCAAAAAGUGGAAAGAUAAAGGCAUCCAGUAAAAAAGCACCAGCGUUCAGGAACAGGAGAGCUCCUUCAUCGAGAGUGAAGCGCAUGAGUAAAAGCAGAUCAAGCAGAAACAACUUUAUUACUCCAGCUAAUGGGAGAAUUGUGGAUAUCUGUGGUCGGGGAGCUACUUCCAUGGUCACACCCAGAUUUGAUUCCAGGGUUUUCAAGACGCCGGGUCUGCGCACGCCUGCGCUGAACGAGCGGGUUUACACCAUCUCUGCCAAUGGCAGCCCCCUUGCUGACGGCAACGAUAUCUUCAUUACUGUUCCUGUUGGAGGAGGAGAGAGCAUUCGUUUAACAGCAAGUGAUUUGACCAAGAAGAAUCUUCUUCAUCUGAAUCCAGAGGCCCAAGGAAUUAUGAAGAAGCUUUCGGUUCGUCUUGCCCAAGCAUGCAGUGGUGCAAAGACAAACAGAUGAAACUUAGUGCUGCCAUCCUUCUGUAAAUAUGGAACGCUGUGUUUAGAACUGCUGCCUUGAGUUCUCGCUCCAGUUUGUUUCUUCCUUCUAUUAAUUUACAGAAUGGAAGUUAACUGAUUUUUCUACCUGAGUCUGUAACGGUAUUAGGAUACAUUGCUUUUUUUCUAUUUUUUCAAGAGGAAAAAUACUUUAUUUGCUUUUUCUUCUGAGACUGAGACCAAGGUACAGUUAUCUUGGGUUUGCAGGCUAGCAAGAUGGGUAAAUGUUCUCCUGGCGUCUUGCAAAAGACAAGGGGAGGGUACAAGUGACUGAACCUUGUAUCUGUCUAGGAAACGUAAGCAAUAGAUUGGGUUUGUUGCACUUUCUGGGGAUGUCUUUUCUAUACUGAAGCGUUCAAAAGGUGAUGACUAUCUCAGUGUAGUAGUUGAGAUACAUAAUAGCAAGUUACUGAUAAAUUGGACUAGAUAUAAAGCUACUUGCAGUUUAUGAUGCUGCCAUGAAUAGAAGGGGGAGGAGUCAAGUACAGUAAAUUGUGUACUUACUGGAGCUGUUCUAUUUGUGAGCUUUUAUUUCUUUAAAUACGAAAUGCACAGGUUCUCUUUAAAACCUCUUACAAGGCAUUUAACUUUACAGACCUGUCAGACAGAUCUCUGAUAAACUAGUUUUCUGGGAGUCAUCUUAGAGCCACUGGCUGCCUCUAAUGUAAGAGAACUCUGCUCUCUCAAAACCACUUUCUAGAUCAUUAGGUGAAGUUUUACUCAUGGAACUGAGUAUGGGCAGGGAGGAAGGAAGCCAGGUACAGUAGAACAACAUCUAGCUCUAUCUGCUGAUCCAAAUUGAAUUGAACUCCAUACAUUCUCUUGACAAAGAACUGUUCAAUGCAUUUAAACAGGGGAACAAAAAACACCUGGGCACAAAUGUUCAUUGUUUACAAGAGAAAGGGUAGUCUCUAUGAACAGAUACUAUUUAAGUAGUUUAAUGUUCUUAAAACCUAUAUGUGGAGGCAUACAUUUGGCUUAAACCUUACAAAAUGAAGAGCUUGUAUUUGCUUUUCUAAGAUCACUGUCUUUGCUUUUCAAGAGCUUGGAAAAGCAGAGCUCUAUGAAGCUCAAGCUGUCUGAGAAGAUCAUUUAAAGUCUUACGACAGAUUACUCUUAAUACCAAGGAUCUCAUUUUAUUGUUAAUCUUUAUGGCUGGUAAAGCUGUGUGAAGAUAUUUCACUCUUUAGCUAUGGUAUGGAUUUUUUUUUAAGGUAUGGCUAACUUUAAUUCCUGGUUGCUACUUCCUUCCUUUGUUUUUUGUUUCUGUUGCCACACCCAAGUUUAAUUCCAGGUUUGUAUUCUAUUUCUCUUAGUAAGACUCUGCUCUAUUAAAAACUGUUUGCUUUAUG